AUGGCAUCAAAUCUGACUGAACCAUCUGGUGUGAAUUCGAGUGUUAAAUUCAAACACUUUGAUCAGCUUUAUAACUGCCACUUUGUGGGGAAUGUCGAUCAAAGAGACCUCUCCACGAGCGAGAGCAGUUAUCAGUCAGAUCUUGAGAGUACUGUGGCCAUUCUGUGGUCGUUAGGAGAGACUUAUUCAAAACAGAACAAGAUGAAAUGUCUCUAUCAGUCAUCAAGUGAUUAUUGGAAAUACUGCUUUUGUCUAGAUGGCAAUAUUACACAAUUUAGAGGGUUCAAUAAACUCUUCGGAGUCUCCACUGAUACAUCCUUGAUAGACCCAGACAAACCCUUCUUUACUCUGGGAAGCUUUGAGAACGCCAAUAAAAAGGAUUAUACAAAUUUCAAUUUAGUGUCAAAUUAUGAUGGUCCAGUCUAUCUUGAACAAACUAUUGGCGGAGGAGACAUUUGUGAUAAGACAGGCAAACAACGGCUCUCUACAAUCCGAUAUCGUUGCGAUGAGACUUACCCAGGAGCAAAACUGCUCUCGGUGAGAGAAAUUAAAACUUGUCGCUACGAGGUUCAAGUUUAUCUUCCCGAAAUCUGUAGUUCUCCUUUGUUCAAGAGCCGACCUUCGAAACAGGAGCAGGUUUUCUGCGAUAUUGAAUAUACUGCUGCGUCGUUAAAGCCAGAAUUACUGGAUAUCAAAUCUGUCAACCUUAUUCCUCUUGGGUAUAGCGUUUAUCUGGGAAUAGACGAAGCAAAUCGCGACCGACCUAAUAUUUUGAUUACCAACAAACGAAUUCCCGAUAUCAAUAGCUCGGAAAUAGUUCAUGAGUUACUUGGCGACGCAGCAAAGGCGUUUGCAAACUUGAUAUCAAAAUCCUUGAUAUUCCAUCCUCACCAAAUAGAGCCAGGAAGAUAUGUAUCUGGCAAAGAUUCUUUUACUUACACCACGUCGAUAUUUGGCGUAGGUGGAAUACACCUAUUCGAUAUGAUGAUAUUACAGGAUGAAAAUGGCAAGGUUGUCGCUCAGCUGAUUUCUGAUGGCUCACCACCAAGAAACUUCAUCGAAUUAAACGGUGCUGAAGUCUAA